GCGUCGCUAGUGUCGCUGUCCGGACAAGACAGCUACCUGCGCUACGUGGACCUGACCACGGACAACCUGCAGCUGACACUCAAGUUCCGGACGGCGCGGCCGGACGGGCUCAUCUUCCUCUACGUCAGCCGCAUGCAGACGCCCACUAUGCCGGACAGCGUGUCUCUGUCGCUCAUCAAAGGCCGGCUGGUGCUGAUGAGCCAGCGCGAGCAGCUGGACACGGGGCUGAGCGUGUACAACGACUCGCAGUGGCACGUGCUCACCGUCGUGCACAACAAGCAGCACCUGCGGCUCUACGUGGACGACAUUGACUACUUCAGCUCAGACACGCCGCCCGCGCCGCUUCAGAUCUUGGAAGGCGUGUUAUUCGUGGGCGGCGUUCAGAACGGCUACGUGGUGGGCGGACGCGUAGGAAGCAAGGUGCCUUUCCAAGGCUGCGUGGCCGACGCCACCAUCAACGGCCGCAUCCUCAACCUGCUCGAGCCCUUCAGCUCGAGCGGAGUCACCUUCGGCCGCUGUGGCGACAUCACAUACACAGGCGGCAUGGCGCCAGACGGCCCGUGGGUGCCGCAGUCGCCGCCGUCCAACCUGCUGCCGGUGCCCACGCAGGGCCCGCCGCCGAUCGUGUCCGAGCCAGACCCCAACCUCAACAAGGUGGAGUUGUUCAACGAAGUGGUGACCUCUCCACCGACCACCACUCUGGCAGCGACCACAGCGGCGGCGACCACCACGCAGCGGCCGACCACGCGGCGACCGGCCACCACGGCGCGCCCGCCGCCGCAGCCCGAGCCGGGCUGCAAGCUGGCCUACGACAAGUUCUACGACAUCGGCGACCCUGAGGAGGGGUACCGGUUCGGUACUCGGGAAGACAGCCGCAUCGAGUACGGCAAGCUGCCGGGCCGGCAAGUGGGCGGGUUCGACCUCAGCGUCACCUUCCGCACCUUCGACAAGCACGGCGGCUUGUUGCUGUACGCCGCCGCUGAGCGCGCGCCCGGCCAGUUCCUGGCGCUCUACAUGCGCCACGCCCAGCUGAACCUGGAGUUCAACUGCGGCGGGGAAACUGGUCACAUCACGUGGGGGCAGCUGUACAACGACACGCAGUGGCACACGGCCACCGUGGUGCGGCGCGACGGGCACGCCAAGCUUACGGUGGACGGCGAGCGCGUGGGCGAGGCCAGCGUGGAGUGCCGCGCGCCCGCCGUGCUCGCGCCGCCCUACUACUACGGCGGGCUGCGGCUCAACCGCUCCGACCAGCUGCCGUUCUACCAGCCGUUCAAGGGCUGCCUGAAGGGGCUGCUGAUGAACGGGCAGCACGUGGGCGAGGUGGCGGCGCGCGUCAACUCGCUGCGCUGCGCAGACGCCGUCGAGGCCGGCGUCUACUUCGGGCCCUCGCACUCGCCCACCGACUCCAACUACAUCAAGCUGUUCAAAGUGGGCAAAUUCAAAGUGGGCAACGAGAUCUCGAUCUCGAUGGAGGUGAAGCCUCGCAACAGUACAGGCCUUCUGCUGAGCGUGCACGGCGGCGUGGACUACCUGGUGCUGGAGUUGCAGCCGGGCGAGGUGGUGGCGCGCGUGGAAAACGGCAAGGGACCCUUCCAGGCCAGCUACAAGCUCGGCGGCGCCACGCUGUGCGACGGCAACUGGCACAAGAUCCACGCUGUGAAAUCCCGCUACGUGGUGUCAGUAGGCGUCGACGGGCACUUCUCAGACGCGGGCAUCGGGCUGUCCAGCUCCACCGACACGAAGUACCCGCUGUACAUCGGCGGCCACGAGCGCCCGCUUAACCGGCUCAAGGGCGUACAGGCCCGACACGGCUACACCGGCUGCAUGAGGAACCUGGUCAUCAAGGAGGAGCUGAUGGAGAUACCGCUGUCGGCCGCCGGCAGAAACGCGCACGUCGGCGUCUGCCCGGCCAACUAAACGAUUGUCAGUUGAAAAAAAAAACAUUUCUAACAAGUUUUAAUCCAUCAUUGUUGGGCAGUUGACAUUAUCCCAUAAUUUAAGCAAGUUAUAGUUUUUCAUUGUUUUCAAGGCAAUAAAGUUAGAAAUAAUGUUAACCACUUUAACAUUGUAUACCAUUGUGUACUCUCGACUCGGUUGUUCAAUAAAUUUUAUUUGAUUUGCAAACGAUAAAGACAUUUAUGAAUGGUGUAACAGUGUAGCACUAACUACAUACAAAAAAAACUAUAGGAGAACCACAUAUUAACGAAUCUAAAAACAUGUCGAUAGAAUAAUGGUGUCAACUGCCCAAUUAUAAAAUGGAACUCGCUGUAAACUUUCAACCUCUUCAGUUUAAACAUAAUAUUAUGGGCGAUUUCUAAGUCUGCUCGUCUGCCACCUAUCAUAUAACUUAAAUGAAGUACAUCGCCUCCUAAAAAAACUAAUAAAAUAUAUCAAGUACGAGCGAGAAUCAACACCAUUAUUAUUACCAUGAUUAACCAUAUAAAGUGAUACAAAAGUCAAUUAUUAAAAAAAACAUGACAUGACUACUAGUUCACAGCCUAUUUAUAAGAUUUAUUAUAUUAUUUGUUCCAGCUUGUUUGAAAUAACAGUGGAUCUAGUUAGUAAGACUCGCUUGAUGAACUAAAAAUACCCAGAAAAUUGUUAUAAGGUACUGUGUAACAAAAUCAAUGAUGGUGUUGUAAGAGAGAUGGAAGAAGAUGGGUCUUUUGAUGUGUACUAACAAAUAUGAUUAUUUCCAUUAAGAAGAUCGUUUGAAAUGUAGCAGCAGACAAGCUUUUACUUAUUAAACGAAAUAAGAUUGCGCGAGAAGGAUUAAAAAAUUACCCUUCAUUUUCCUUGACCUUUUAGUAUUAUAAAAUGGCGCCAAUUCCCAAGAUGUCAUGGAGAUAUUUACAUGGGGAGGUAUUUUAUAAUUAUGUCUACUUGUGCCAUUCUGCGGCUGAUAUUAUGCUCAGUUUUUGCAACUUUCGCAUUUAUUCAUGUAUACUAU